AUGACCAGCCUGCAGCAAAUCUGUCGUGGCCUUCCUCUAUACCCUUUGCCUGAAAACAGAGGUCGGAGGAAAGGGAUCCCCCAUGCACCCGUGAGAACCCCUAAUCUCACUGCUCAGGAGAAAAAGCUGGCUUUGCGCAAUGCCUUGCGUUAUUUCCCACCUGAAAUACAAAAGAAGCUGGCACUGGAAUUUGCUGAAGAACUCAGGCUGUACGGCCAUAUUUAUAUGUACAGAUUCUUUCCAGAUAUUGAGAUGAGAGCGUACCCCAUAGGAGACUAUCCUUGCAAGACCAAAUCAGCUGCUGCCAUUAUGUUGAUGAUCAUGAAUAAUCUGGAUCCCUCCGUGGCUCAGUUUCCUCAGGAGCUUGUCACUUAUGGAGGAAAUGGGCAGGUCUUCAGCAACUGGGCACAGUUCUGGUUGGUAAUGCACUAUUUGUCAGAGAUGACCGAAGAGCAAACACUAGUAAUGUACAGUGGACAUCCUCUGGGACUUAGUCAUCAGUAUGCUCCUCGAUUAAUCAUUACUAAUGGCAUGGUUAUUCCCAACUAUUCCACCAGAGAUGAAUAUGAGAAGAUGUUUGCUUUGGGAGUAACAAUGUAUGGUCAGAUGACUGCAGGGAGCUACUGCUACAUUGGGCCUCAGGGAAUAGUCCAUGGGACUGUGCUCACAGUGCUCAAUGCAGGCCGUCGCUACUUGAAGGCAGAAGACCUGUCCGGAAAGGUGUUUGUUACUUCUGGUCUCGGAGGGAUGAGUGGGGCUCAAGCAAAGGCUGCAGUUAUUGCUGGGUGUGUAGGGAUCAUUGCAGAGGUUGAUGAAGCAGCACUUUUGAAACGUCACAGGCAGGGAUGGCUGAUGGAAAUCUCCAACAACCUGGACCACUGCAUUGCUCGCCUUAGAGAUGCAAGAAAGAACAAAAUUGCCCUUAGUUUGGGUUAUCACGGGAAUGUGGUAGAUCUAUGGGAGAGGCUAGUAUAUGAGUUGGACACAACAGGAGAGCUGCUAGUUGAUCUGGGGUCUGACCAAACUUCGUGUCAUAACCCAUUCAGUGGGGGAUACUAUCCAGUACAGCUUGGUUUUGAGGAAGCAAAGCAGCUCCUCUCCACCAAUCCGGGGAAGUUCCGGACUCUGGUACAAGAGAGUUUGAAGAGACAUGUGGCUGCUAUUAACAGACUAGCUGAUAAGGGCAUGUUUUUUUGGGAUUAUGGCAAUGCUUUUCUCUUGGAAGCUCAAAGGGCUGGUGCUGACGUUGAGAAAAGAGGAGCUAAUAAGACAGAAUUUCGAUAUCCUUCCUAUGUUCAGCACAUCAUGGGGGACAUUUUUUCCCUGGGAUUUGGGCCAUUCCGCUGGGUUUGUACCUCAGGUGACCCACAGGAUCUUGCUACCACUGACUCAAUUGCCAUGUCUGUGCUUGAAGACUCUAUACGUCAGGGAGUGAGCACAUCUGUGAAGCAGCAAUACCAUGACAACAUCCGCUGGAUUCGGGAAGCUGGCAGGCACAGCUUGGUAGUUGGGUCUCAAGCUAGAAUCUUGUAUUCUGAUCAGAGGGGUCGUGUGUCUAUAGCUGUGGCUAUUAAUCGAGCGAUUUCCGAAGGAAGGAUUAAGGCUCCAGUAGUCCUCAGCCGAGAUCACCAUGAUGUGAGUGGGACCGACAGUCCUUACAGAGAAACGUCAAACAUUUAUGAUGGAUCAGCCUUUUGUGCAGAUAUGGCCGUGCAAAAUUUUGUUGGAGAUGCAUUCAGAGGAGCGACCUGGGUUGCAUUGCACAAUGGUGGUGGAGUUGGCUGGGGUGAAGUGAUCAAUGGGGGAUUUGGCCUGGUUUUGGAUGGGUCCAAAGAGGCUGAAGAACGGGCUAAGAUGAUGCUCAGCUGGGAUGUUUCCAAUGGAGUCGCCAGACGCUGCUGGUCGGGUAAUGACUAUGCUUAUGAGACGAUCUGCCGAGCAAUGAAAGAGAAUGCCACACUGAAGGUGACUCUCCCUCACAAGGUGGUGGAUGAGAACAUCUUGGAGCAAGCCCUGAAAUGUUAGUGGUAUUCCAAGUGCAAUGUUGUCCUUGCAGAUAGGUUUGA